AUGUUGCACUCAUCAAUCAACACAUUACCACAUUACAAGCAAGUCUCCUUGGAGGAGGAUGUGAAAAUGGUGAAAAGUGUUACAUACAUGCGGCUGGAUGGAUCAGUUGAAUCAGAAAAGCGUUUUGAAGUUGUGAAGGCCUUCAAUUCUGACCCGACCAUUGAUGUUCUUCUGCUUACGACACAUGUUGGUGGGCUUGGUCUGAACCUGACAUCAGCUGACACCCUUGUUUUCAUGGAACAUGACUGGAAUCCAAUGCGGGAUCAUCAGGCAAUGGACAGAGCGCACAGAUUAGGUCAGCGAAAAGUUGUUAAUGUUCAUCGUCUCAUAAUGCGAGGAACCCUGGAAGAGAAA